AUGCCUUUUGGGUUGGCGGGUUUGAGAGAACAGGUGCUAAAGCCUGGUAAGGAGGAAGUGAAGAACACCGUUGGGGACUCUCUGGGAAAACUGCAAAGGAAAAUAGAUGGUAGUAACGUAGAAGAAGAGGACAACAUUGAACUGACGGAGGAUGGGCGUCCUGUGGCGUCGACUCCUCGUGCAGCCCCGCUGCUGGACUGCAGCUGUGGUGGUCUACCCAAGCGCUACAUCAUCGCCAUCCUAAGCGGCCUGGGCUUCUGUAUCUCCUUUGGCAUCCGCUGCAACCUUGGCGUAGCCAUUGUGGAAAUGGUGAACAACAACACGGUCUAUAUCAAUGGAACUCCUGUGCUGCAGAAAGCUCAGUUUAACUGGGAUCCGGAGACAGUGGGGCUGAUCCAUGGCUCCUUUUUCUGGGGAUACAUUGUCACUCAAAUCCCCGGCGGUUUCAUCUCCAACAAGCUGUCAGCCAACAGGGUAUUUGGAGCGGCCAUAUUCCUGACAUCAGUGCUCAACAUGUUCAUCCCAUCAGCAGCCAGGGUUCACUAUGGCUGUGUCAUGUUUGUCCGUAUCCUGCAGGGCCUUGUAGAGGGCGUCACCUACCCAGCAUGCCAUGGGAUGUGGUCCAAAUGGGCGCCACCUCUUGAGCGAAGUCGACUGGCAACAACUUCAUUCUGUGGCUCGUACGCAGGAGCAGUGAUCGCCAUGCCGUUGGCCGGAGUGCUUGUUCAAUACGUUGGGUGGUCUUCAGUCUUCUACAUUUAUGGUGUUUUCGGGAUCAUCUGGUACAUCAUGUGGCUCCUGCUGGCGUAUGGAAGUCCUGCUGCUCAUCCCACAAUCACUGAGGAGGAAAGGACGUACAUAGAGACCACGAUUGGUGAAACAAUGCAGCAGAUGAGUGUGACUGAGAAAUUCAAGACCCCUUGGCGUCGUUUCUUCACCUCCAUGCCUGUCUAUGCCAUCAUCGUGGCCAACUUUUGCCGCAGCUGGACCUUCUACCUGCUCCUCAUCAGUCAGCCGGCAUAUUUUGAGGAAGUCUUUGGGUUUCCCAUUAGCAAGGUGGGCAUCCUGUCUGCUGUUCCCCACAUGGUGAUGACAAUUGUGGUUCCUAUUGGGGGUCAGCUGGCCGACUUCCUACGCAGCAACAAAAUAAUGUCUACAACAAAUGUGAGGAAACUCAUGAACUGUGGAGGGUUUGGGAUGGAGGCCACCCUGCUGCUGGUAGUUGGGUUUUCUCACACUCGAGGAGUCGCCAUCUCAUUCCUAGUUCUGGCUGUAGGGUUCAGUGGUUUUGCCAUUUCAGGCUUCAAUGUCAAUCAUCUGGACAUCGCUCCUCGUUAUGCCAGCAUCCUGAUGGGAAUCUCUAACGGGGUGGGAACGCUCUCGGGAAUGGUGUGUCCUUUGAUUGUCGGAGCCCUGACUAAGCACAAGACUCGUCUGGAGUGGCAGAAUGUCUUUGUCAUUGCGUCCAUGGUGCAUUACUCAGGAGUCAUCUUCUACGCCAUCUUUGCUUCUGGAGAGCAGCAGGAAUGGGCCAACCCCGAGAGCACCAGCGAGGAUAAACGUGGCAUUAUUGACGAGGAUGAACUGGCUGAAGAGUCAGAGCUGAACACUGACAACACUGUGGCUCCAAAGAGGAGCUACGGCACCACGGACAAUUCAUCCGGGCAGAAACAAAACUGGACAAAGAAAAGAGGGGCCUCCAUGCAAGAGGAGGAGGAACAUUUUAGGAAUGGGGACUACCAGGAUGGCUACCAGUGAGACACCCUGUGGGCCAAAGGACUUUCAAAACCUUAAAACCCUGUAGAAGCUAACAUUUCAUUUCAUACCUUUGGAAAUGUAAAAAACUUCAAGGAAUAGACGGCAGCAGAUGCUUUAUCUGUACCUCAUAAUGGCCCUUUUCUUUAUUUUGACUAAUACUCCAGUUUAACUGUGAUGUGCUGUCAAAUCUACAGCAAGAAAUCAAAUAUAGACAGAACAAAAAGUCAAACUUUUAUAGCAUUUUUAUCAGGAGCAACAUUACGUUGAAAGA